AGUCUGAGAGCGCGGCCCCGUAGAACCGGUCGCCUGAACCAUCGGUUGACGCUCAAUCACUUGCACAUUCCAAAUGAGGGCAUUAAGUAUUACCGUCGUCCUUGCAUUGAUAUCAGUAUGUAAAGCGGCACUUCCCCAGCUGCGCUUCGCAUGGAAACAAAUAGAUUACACUUGGGAUUCACCCGCCGAUCGUGAAAACGCCAUUAAAGAUGGCAUAUUUGAUCAGAAAAAUAACUUUCCAGUUGGUUUAGCUCGAUGGAAAAAUAAGGUCUUCGUUACAGUUCCAAGAUGGAAAAGUGGAGUAGCUUCUUCUUUGAACUACGUGGAUUUGGAUGGUCCCUCAGACCAACUGUUAAAGCCAUAUCCCUCAUUCAAAGAUAACCUGGUCCCUGAUAGUGCAAAGGCACCACCUUCGAACAGUUCUGUAAUAUCGGUAUUCAGAGUACACGUAGAUCCGUGCGACAGACUAUGGGUUAUGGACACAGGAUUUGCAGAUAUAUCCGGAGCUGGAAAUCUCAUUGUUGAGCCAUCUAUAAUCAUUUUUGAUUUGAAUACUGAUCAACUGUUACAUCGGUAUUUUCUCAAACCAGAGGAUAUGAAAGAGGAUAGCUUUUUUGCUAAUAUCGUUGUUGAUGUGGACAAAAACACUUGUGACAAUGCAUUCGCAUAUUUAUCUGACUUGGGAGGGUACGGUGUCGUCGUGUACAGUUUGAAGCAGGAUGCAUCCUGGCGCGUGUCGCAUCACUACUUCUUCUUCGAGCCGCUCUUUGGCUCCUACAACGUGGCUGGAAUCAAGUUCCACUGGACCGAUGGUGUGUUUAGUGUGGCUUUGUCAGAGCCCCGGGAGAACGGAUACAGAACAGCAUUCUUCCAUGCAAUGUCCAGUACAAAGGAAUUCUGUGUAUCCACAGAGUUGUUACGGAAUUACACCAAGCUUGACAAGUCUGAGGCGUUCCACGAUUUCAAGCUGCUGGGCGAUCGAGGUGAAAACACGCAAUCUUCUGCUAGUUAUUUUGAUGAAAAAACAAAAGUACUUUUCUAUACGCAGGUUAAUCGAGACGGUGUUGCUUGCUGGAACUCUAACAAGCCAUAUACUCCUGAAAAUAACCCUAUAGUGAUCACCGAUCCUAAGCUCUUUGAAUUUACUAAUGAUAUUAAGGUGGACAAUGAAAGCAAUCUCUGGAUGCUGUCUGACAAAAUGCCGCGGUUCAUCUACUCUAAUUUGGACUUGAAUGACAUUAACUUCAGGAUUUUCAGCAUUAGUACCACUGAAGCCAUUGCAGGCACCACUUGCCAAUAAUAUAGCAAUAUUUAACUUGCACUUGUCUGCAUAUAUGUU